AUGAUUCAGGAGUUUAUACAGAACACAAGAAUACCAGCUCUCUGUGCUCCGCCUGGCUCUGCAGAACUUCCCAGCAUCACCAUCAACCAGCUUUAUACCUUUACUGACGUGCUGAAGUGUGUGUCUGAGCUGAGAGAGAGGCUGGAGGAUCUGUGUAAGCAAGACGUCGUCAAGAUAUCCAGAGAAGUUAAUGCUGUCGCUAUCACAGAACCUCUUACCAGAGAAGACCUGCUACAAUACUCUUGCCAGCUCACCCUGGACCCCAGUACAGCGCACCAGCAGCUCUGCCUGACUGAGGGGAACACUAGGGGGCGCUAUACGAGUGUCCGUCAGGCCUACCCUGACGAUCCCGGGCGGUUCGAUAAGAACUCUCAGGUGCUGUGCUGUGAGGGUUUGAUGGGGCGGAGCUACUGGGAGGUGGAGCUGGACAGGAAAGAUGGACUCACCGUAGCGGUGUCGUAUAAAAGCAUCAGCAGGAAGGGGUGGGGCUACGAUGUGACGUUCGGAUGCGAUCAGCAGUCCUGGAGACUCGACUGCUCGGCCGGAGGUUUUUUUUUCUGGCACAAUAAUAAAAAAAUUAAUAUUCCUGCAGCUGGAGGCGGAUCUAAAGUCGGAGUGUACCUGGAUCACAGAGCCGGAGCUCUUAGCUUCUACAGCAUCACCGAACCAAUCAUCCUCCUCCAUAAAGUUACAGCCGUGUUCAAUCAGCCGCUCUAUCCGGGGUUUGGAUUCGGUUAUUAUGAAUCAGCUGUUAAAAUUUGUGACUUAAAAUAAGAUCAGGGUCAUCGAUAACCCAUAAACUCCCCUAAAAGUUCAAGCAAAAUGUUGUGUUUUGUUGUUUUUAAAUAGAAGCUAAAAAAAGUAUCAUUACAUUGUCAUUCUUUAUUGAGCAUGAGAACAGUAUACAUCUCUGUAAAGUUGAAAAUCAUUUUCUAACUUAAAAUGCUGUGUUAUCUGUUAGUUUAUCAUUUAAAUUUGGCCCUAGAUUACGUUUUCUGUUGUAAAAUACUCUAAAAUAGUUGGAUUCAAUGUAGCAUCCGAAUAUUUAAUACAAAUUAGUAAAGCACAUUAAAAACACAUCACUUUCUACACACUGAUGUUGUGUAGGAAAAAGUUGUCAAUAUGCGCUUUUAAUAUUUUUUGUGCAACUCUGUCGUUACCACCUCUGUCCUCACAUAAUUAUGGACAUUUUGUGCUCUCUACUGUUCUAAAUAAAGCUGCUAAAUGCGA